AUGAUUUUGAAACAUAAAAGACUUGCUCAUCCUGAACAACAAAUCUUAGCAGCUUUAAAUGAAAUAAACAAUAAUUCCGGUCAAAAAAAAUCUAUUUCUAAUAAAUCAAAUGAUGAAUUUUCUUUAUCAAAAGAAAAUUCUACAUUAACCGAUGAAUCAAGUCUAAGAAAUGUUAUUACACCAGCAACAAUUACAAUCGCUGAAAUGGAUACCGAUGAUGUGCCAAUUCUGUUUCGCACUGAUCCUAACCGGCCAAUUGUUAUUGCUGUUACAUGUCUUGAAGCUUAUCAAAUAGAAUUUGUUGAUAAAUUCUUAGAAAAAUUUCCAUCAGCUUGUCAAACAACAUCCAUUGAUUCUCGAACAACACAUUUAAUAACAAAUGAUGAACAUAAUCCAUUACGUUCACCAUUAUCAAUGAAAUUAAUUGAAGCUAUUGCACAUCAUUGCUAUUGUGUAUCAUACCGUUGGAUUCAAGAUUCUGUUAAAUGUGAUCGACUUAUGGAUGAAUCACCUUAUGAAAUUGAAGGUGAUGAUACGGAUGUUCAUCCACAUGGUGGUCCGCAUCGUUCACGUUUAAUAUCAAAACGUCAUUCACUUUUUCAAAAUAUUUGUUUUAUGAUAAAAUGUACAGAAAAUUCUGAUAUACAAAUGACAAAUGAACGUUUAGAAGAUUUAAUAACAACAUGUGGUGGUCAAAUAAUAACAUGUGUAACACAACGUUUACUUGAUAAAUAUCAAAUUAUUGUUCUAUGUGAUAUGUUAUAUGUUUCUGAAAGACGUAAUAAUUAUGAUCAAUGUCGUUCAUUAGGAAUACAUUUUGUAUCAUCUGAUUGGGUGCUUGAAUCAAUUCUUGAAUAUCGUCGAAAACCAUUUUCUUUAUUCGAAGAAGUACCAUUGUGA